AUGGGCAAGUGUUUCAGCUUCACGGCUACCAGAAACUCCUGCUACAAAUUCUCCUUCACCAUCGCCGGACUGAAAUCAUCCAGCACCGACCUCGGGGACGGCACCGUCAUUCACUGCUGGGUACCCAAAACCCACAAAGCUCACAAACCCAACUUGGUCCUAAUCCAUGGAAUCGGAGCCAACGCAAUGUGGCAAUGGAACGAGUUCAUUUCCCCAUUAAUCUCAAAGUUCAACGUCUAUGUCCCUGACUUGGUCUUUUUCGGCGAAUCGUACACUUCUAGACCGGAACGGUCCGAGAGUUUUCAAGCUCAGUGUGUGAUGAGGGCAAUGGAGGCGCACGGGGUGAACAAAAUGAAUCUGGUGGGACUGAGCUACGGUGGGUUUGUUGGGUAUAGCUUGGCGGCGCAGUUUCCGGCGGCGGUGGAGAGGGUGGUGAUAUGUUGUGCUGCGGUGUGUAUGGAGGAUAAGGAUAUGGAGGAGGGGAUGUUUAUAAAAAAGAGUGUGGAGGAGGUUAUGAGUGUAUUGUUUGCGCAGACGCCGGAGAAGUUGAGGGAGAUGAUAACGGUUUCGUUUUACAAGCCGCCCAAGACUCUGCCUUCUUGCUUUCUCUCGGAUUUUAUUGAGUUUGAACUGCUGACGUUGUUGCCUGAGAUGGAAAAUUAUGGAUUAAAGAGAGUUAUAAAGGAUGUACCCGGAAUGCACGAGGCUCCCGCCAUUGCGGGACGAAUUGAUGAAUUGGAAACUGGUAUCCUAUUGAGAUUGUUGUGUUCUGGACCUCUGAUUGCCUCAUGGGGAAAACUAUGGACAAAAGUGUGUUGUGAUGCUCCUGUUUUGGUUGCCAUGAAAUGGGGAAAAAAGGAGAUGCAUACAGUAUACGUCCAAGAAAGAAAAGAGUUGGUCCAAGCCUUACACAAGGAUAGAAAACUAUCUGACCUUCCAAAGAUUACUCAGAUCCUUGAUGCAGCCCACAUUAAUCACCUGGGGAGAACAGGAUCAGAUAUUCCCACUGGAAUUGGCACACCGAUUGAAAAGGCACUUGGGUGAAAGUGCACAACUAGUUAUUCUAAAGAACGCAGGGCACGCAAUCAACGUGGAGAAGUCCAAAGAGCUGUGCAACCAUUUGAAAUCAUUUCUUGGUGAUCCUCUCCCCCUUCGGAUGCAUGAAAACAAUGGCAAUAGUCGCAAGGUAGACUAGCAGGUUUUCGAGAAAAAGAGUACGCCAUUUGAGGGGUUGCAAGUUUGUGGAGCCUAAAAAUUUGUUCAAUUCAGGUGGCUGCGCAUUGCAGGCAACAUAAACAACUUUUGUGUUUGUGAAGUAUUUGUUUCACGGUAUAAACUGUUAAGAUAUAUGAAUAGCUCAAGCAGCCUGUGGGGACGCAUACUUAUAAAGCACAGCAUUAUUUAGCGUUGAAUGAUAAAGAUUCCAUAUAUAAAU